AUCCACACGAUACCUACCACAACAUCCUCCCCCCCCCCCCCCCAAAAAAAAAGCACUAGACACAAACCCACUCUCAUAUCUCCUCAGUCACAACCCUAUACCUCUACACCUUCCCAACUUCACCACCUACACGCACAUGUAUCCCUCCCAAAAAAAAUCAUUAACAAGAACAGCAAGGCGCACAUCUCUCUUCUUAGUCUCCCUCUCUCUCUCUCUCUCUCAUUCCUUCUUCAAGGUAAAAUACCCACGUAG